ACGUGAAGGCAGAAUAAGUUUCCUGGUGCACAGACUCGCCGCCAUGGAGGGGGUCAGACGCGUUGUCCUGCUCUGUGUCUAUGUGCUGCACUUUACAUCAGGUACUGGAACAAACGUUGCUCAGAACAAACCCGCAUGGAUGAGCACACGCUUCUACUUGAGUCCUCACGCCAGUACAGCUGUCGAUGGAGUAACGCUUGCGGACGAUAUUAGAUACUCAGUCAUCACCCAGCUGGGUAAACAAAGCGCCUGGUGGAAGGUGGAUCUACAAACACAAGUACAGUCAGCACUGGUUACCCUGUACUUCAGAACAGACUACAAGUCAAGACGUAAUGGCGUGCAGCUCUACACAUCUAUGACAAAUUCCUCUGAUCCCAAAGAAGGAAAUAUAUGUCACAAUGUAUCAGGACGUGCUGACGGUACAGACAUCCCUGAUGUGCUGAAUGUCACCUGUCCCGGGACCUGGCGCUACCUGACUCUCUACACAGAGACUGCUAAUGAUGUAUAUGGUCCUGUAUUUGACUUUGUUGAAGUACAGGUGUGGACAUGCUCUUCUGGGUAUUAUGGAUCAAACUGUGACCAAUCCUGUGCUGCACGUCACUGCAAGUCGGACUCCAGCUGUGACGUCAUAGGAGGACUGUGUGUUGGUGGAUGUGCGGCUGGAUAUCAGGGAACAGACUGUACUCAAGCAUGCGCUUCUGGGUAUUAUGGAUCAAACUGUGACCAAUCCUGUGCUGCACGUCACUGCAAGUCGGACUCCAGCUGUGACGUCAUAGGAGGACUGUGUGUUGGUGGAUGUGCAGCUGGAUAUCAGGGAACAGACUGUACUCAAGCCUGUGAUCCUGGGAGAUAUGGAGAAGGAUGUAGCAAGUCCUGCGGGGGGCGUCGCUGUAAGACACAAUCUGACACAUGUGAUCACGUGACUGGCAUGUGUCCCGAUGGCUGUGAAAGUGGUUUCUUCGGAAAUGACUGUUUCGAAAAGUGCCCCAAUGGAACGUAUGGCAGCAACUGUAACAAAACCUGUGGCCAUUGUGCUAACAACAACACUUGUCAUCAUGUUACUGGAAUAUGUCCAGAGGGAUGUCAAGCAGGGUGGAAACUUGACCUGUGCCAGAAAGGUUGUGGCAAUGGGAAAUUCGGGUUGAAGUGUGAAAGAGACUGCGGCCACUGUAACGGAACCUGCGAUGCUGUUGAUGGACGAUGUCUCUGGGGAUGUACUGAGGGAUACAAUGGUUCUCAAUGCUCAGUGAACCUAUCAUGCUCUUCUGGGUAUUAUGGACUGAACUGUGACCAAUCCUGUGCUGCACGCAACUGCAAGUCGGACUCCAGCUGUGACGUCAUAGGAGGACUGUGUGUUGGUGGAUGUGCGGCUGGAUAUCAGGGAACAGACUGUACUCAAGCGUGUACCAGUAUGAUGUACGGCCUUAACUGUGCCAGCAACUGCAAUUCCCGACACUGCAAGACACCCUCCUCUACAUGUGACAGAGUGACAGGACAGUGUCUUGGUGGGUGUGAAGAUGGAUGGACAGAAAUAGACUGCUCCAGAACGUGUACCAGUAUGAUGUACGGCCCUAACUGUGCCAGCGACUGCAGUUCCCGACACUGUGAGACACCCUCCUCUACAUGUGACAGAGUAACAGGACAGUGUCCUGAUGGGUGUGAAGUUGGGUGGACAGAAAUAGACUGCUCCAGAACAUGUACCAGUAUGAUGUACGGCUCUAAUUGUGCCAGUAACUGCAGUUCCCGACACUGUAAGACACCCUCCUCUACAUGUGACAGAGUGACAGGACAGUGUCCUGAUGGUUGUGAAGAUGGAUGGACAGAAAUAGACUGCUCCAGAACGUGUACCAGUAUGAUGUACGGCCCUAACUGUGCCAGUAACUGCAGUUCCCGACACUGUAAGACACCCUCCUCUACAUGUGACAGAGCGACAGGACAGUGUCUUGGUGGGUGUGAAGAUGGAUGGAGCAAAAUAGACUGCUCUAGAACGUGUACCAGUAUGAUGUACGGCCCUAACUGUGCCAGCAGCUGCAGUUCCCGACACUGCAAGACACCCUCCUCCACAUGUGACAGAGUGACAGGACAGUGCCCUGGUGGGUGUGAAGAUAGAUGGACAGAGACAGAUUGCUCCAGAAUGCUAGCAAACUGCCCUCCAGGAAGGUAUGGACCAGGAUGCACUCAGUUCUGCAAUUCCCGCAACUGUGAAACGCCAUCACCUUUGUGCGAUGUCACUGGUUCCUGCACCGAUGGAUGCCGGGAUGGCUGGACGAAUGUUGACUGCAGGAUACCAUGUCCGAGCGGGAAGUACGGUUCCAACUGCAGCAAGUCUUGUGAUUCACGUCAUUGUGAAACUGCACGGGUCGCCUGUGAUCACGAGACAGGGACCUGCGGCACAGGAUGUCGGGAAGGAUGGAUCGGAACAGACUGUACCCAGAAAUGCAAGCCUGGAACCUAUGGACGUGACUGUUCUCGUUGUGGACACUGUGACGUCACGUGUGACGAUGGAGAUGGACGCUGCCCGGGAAAAUGUCUGGACGGCUUCACCGGUGACCGAUGUGAUGUGGAUGUCAGGGGUUUGAAUACUUUAUCUCCUGUUACAAUCGGCGCCAUUGGGGGAGCAGUAGGAAUUGCUGUAGUGCUGUUGCUGAUUGGUGGGCUGAUGAUAUGUCUGCUGAAAGCUGGAAGACUGAAACGGAUUCCCAGACCUACCACAGACCCUCAAGAGUUGAGAAAGACGGACACGCGCAACACAGGAGAGAUUUCUACUCAUGCGCCCACUUCCGAUGUGAAAGAUCAAGACUAUACAGAAUUGAAUGAAGUCACCAGGGAGAAGGACAAGUCACUGUAUGAUGUUAUUCAGAACGAAAACAAUCAAAUCUAAGAAAAGAUGUACGCAUCAUGUCUCGGAAAGUGCAACAUCUGAAUAUAUGACUUCAGGAUUAUUUCAUUGGUAUCCAUAUACAUUAGAAAGCAAAGUAUCAAUGUCAAAUAGAAAAUGUCAAAUUGCAGUGCCGAUGCCAGCUGCUGAAAUGUCUGAACAUCCUUUGUGAAUAAUGGAGGUGCCUUUGAAAAAUACGUAAUAGUUCCCUCUCACUCAAAUUACCAGUUUUGCAAAUAUCAAGAUGAAUAGCUAGUUAUGGCCUUUGGCUGUCGUAUGUGAAAAGGUAUUCCACAACAAAAGCGUGGUAUUCCAGCUGAUGUUGACACUAUCCAGUGACCUGUUAAGAUUUGCCCGAAGGAAACGUGUGGUUAUACGGAAAUAGUAUGAUAAUAAAUUGUGGCAGAUAAAAUGUUCAGGUUGUCCACAUAACGUCCUUUUCAAAGGUUACAAUCUUGGCUAAAUCAAAUAACACUAAUCAUGUGCUGUUUCUAGGAGGCAUCUAAAGGAAAACAUAUAUUAUUAUUGAUCAUUACUGUGAAUGUUAUGGAUUUACCUCCAAGUCACUUUGAAUUCGUAAUAACCGUAAAAGUAAAUAAGUUGUAUUUCAAAUCUAAUUUUGAUUUUAUAGUAAAAUAUGGUUGAGGCAGCAUUAAUAUUAAAUCGAUGCUUACUGCCUGUUAUAACCCAAAUCUCUCUCACACACCCGAGUCACUCGCGUUAUUAGCGUGUUGUAAUGGUCCAGAAAAUGUGUGAAGGUUUAUAUAUAUUCUCAAUAUGUUUCAUGUUACUUUGUUCUUGUUAUUUUGAGCACAAUUAUGACUGAUAAACAACUUUGGAUAAAAAUGAAAUGUAGAGGGCGUUUGUUGUAUUGAUCUAUAUGCACACGUUUGCUAUAAUUGAGGAUUAUGUUUGUUAUUCAACGCCGCACUCUGCAAUAUUGCAGCUAUAUGGCGGCGUUCUGUAAAUAAUCGAGUCAUCGGGCCAUCCAGUGAUUGAUAUCACUAGUGUCGCCUUUUUCGACAACCAUUGUCGCCUUAUAAUUGAAGAAUAUAGCUGUAUUUAGACCUGUCAGAAACAUAUGACCGUGGGUUCCAAUCCCUAUUUUUGUGGGUGCUGGUGGGUGUAACCAAUGUGGUAAACGUCUUAUGUAGAUACACAACCAUUCUCAACAUUAAAUGACCUUAGUCUAACCAAGGUGUGUAGGGCCUUUACUAACAUGUUUAUAGUACUAAGCGCAAGUUUGUAUUGAAACAGAAGUUAUUUCAAAAACUAAUUUCUACAAUUGUAUUGUUGAGAUGUUCAUAAAACAUGUUCCAUGUUCCUGCUGUGGAAUUUUCAGAGGGUACCUUGUAUUAUUAUCUGUUUAUGAGAAAUGGUUCUAUAAAGGCAAACGUGUUUCAACCGUCAACUCCUAUAGAUAUCUUCGGUUUGUAUUCUCAUAUAUAUCAAUGAUGAACCAGUGUGUUUCAGAUGUAGCACCAUGGGGUAAACGAGCUUUAAUGGGAAUAUUUCGCAAUCUACGGAAGAUUGGUUUUGUUGACACUUCAGUUUUCUUUAAAAUAUUUGAUACUCAGAUUCAACCUAAUCUUUUAUAUGGUGCUGAAAUAUUGGUUGUAGACAGAUUUGAAAAAAAUAAAACAAGUGCAUAUCAUGGCUUUUAAAAGUUUUUUAACGUUGGUUUGCAAACACCAAAUGCUAUUGUGUAUGGAGAAUGCGGUCGGUACCCACUACAUGUAAAUGCUAUGUGUCGUUCUGUAAAGUAUAGGCUAAAAGUGAUUGAAAUGGACGAAGAUAGGAUACCAAGAAAAACUUAUAAUAUGCUUGUAUAUAACGACAAGUGUGGUCAUCAUAACUAUUCUUCUUCUAUUCGUUCCAUAUUAUUUUCUCACGGAUUUGGAAUAGUUUGGCUCAGUCAUGCUGUUGGCGACAAACCAUCAUUCAUAAAUAGUCUUAAAAAUGUUUUGAUAAAUAUGUUCUACCAAUCAUGGAAUACUACAAUCAAGGCUAGUUCUAGGUACAUCCUGUAUAAAGAGUUUAAAAGUCUCGUGGAACCAGAAAUAUACCUUUCCAUUAUUACUGAAAUAAGUAUCGAAAUGUUAUGAUAAGGCUUAGAGCCGGGCUACUAAGACUUAAGGUAAACUAAGGUAGAUGGGCUGAUAUUGAUUUACGUUCACGGCUCUGCCCCAUAUGUGAAACAAGUAUAGAGAAUGAAUAUCAUUUUAUUUUAGAAUGUGAAUAUUACAACAAUAUUAGACAACUGUAUUUACCAACAACCUUUUGCCAUAAUCCAAAUAUACAUCAAUUUAAAACGUUGCUGUCAUCUUCAUGUAAGCAAUUACUUGGAAAACUAUGUAAAUACCUGUAUUACAGCUAUGAAAGAAGACGUAAUUAUGAAAAGCCUGUAAAUCUGUAAAUUUGUACCUGGCAUUACCUUUUGUUCAUGUACGCCACUAUUUCAAAUGUAUGUAUUGUAUAUGGGCCAGUGGCCUUAGUACAAAUAAAAGACUUCUUCUGCUUA